AUGGAGGUCCCUGGCUUCGCAUUGAUAACUGGCGCGGCAUCAGGCAUCGGAAGAGCAUGCGCGUUGGGGUUCGCCAAAGAGGGUUCAGCUGGAGUGGCGCUACUCGACCUCAACGCAGAUGCCCUGGCCGCCGUGGAGGGUGAAGCCCGAGAGAAAAGCCAGAACAAGUCAUUCCGGAUCGAGACAUACGCCCUCGACGUCUCGAAGGAGGACCAAGUCAACCACGCCGUCAAAGACGCGGCCCAGAAGUUCGGCAGGCUCGACUAUGUCGUCAACGCAGCGGGCAUCGCGCUCAAGCACGAGGGCGGGGCUGCUUUUUGCAAGACGGAGGACUGGCAGCGCGUCCUGGACAUCAACAUCAACGGCACCUUCUUCGUGCUCCGAGCAGCCGCGGAGAUCAUGUUGAAGCAGGAACCCAUUAUCUCAACUGUCGACGGCAGGCCCCUCCAGCGAGGAUCUAUCGUCAACUUCAGUUCGAUCCAGGGCGUGGUCGGCAUAACUCUGUCUACGGCUUACACGACGUCCAAGCAUGCUAUCAUCGGUCUUACGCGGACGGCAUCGGAGGACUACGCCAACAAGGGUCUUCGGGUGAAUGCAAUUUGUCCUGGGUACACUGAGACUCCGAUGACUACCAAAUCACCGGCUGUGCUCAAGGCAAUGAAGGAGCGCAUCGAGACUGCUGUUCCAAUGCAGCGUAUGGGAAACCCUUCUGAAAUCGCGGAUGGCGUUCUGUACUUGGCCGGCGGGAGAAGCUCAUUUGUUACUGGCUCUGCUCUUGCGGUUGAUGGUGGCUAUACUUCGCGAUAG